CCCUCCUCUCUCUCUCUCUCUCUCUCUCUCUCUCUUGUCAACGUGUUGAAGUUUAGCGACCAGCGUCUUCUCUUCUUUGCCGGCAAACACGCGGGAAGUUCUCGGAAGCAAGGAAGCAAGGAAGCAAGGAAGCGAGCGAGCCAUGGCCUUCCUGGGGUGUGUCGUCCAGCGCCUGGCGUCAGCGACACGCCGCCCGCUCGCCGCCCGGCCGUGGCGCAUCAGUGGUGUGAACUACAGCUCCGAGCUGAGCAGCGAGAAGAACGUUCCUUAUGAGAAGACACUGAAGCAGGACUCUGGCAGUGUGUCUGGGCCCACUAGACCCUUACCCAGGAGUGCCCAGGUGGUGGUGAUCGGAGGAGGCAGCCUGGGCUGUCAGACCCUCUACCACCUGGCCAAGAUGGGCCUGACCGACGUGGUCCUGCUGGAGAGAGACCGCCUGACCGCCGGGACCACCUGGCACACUGCAGGCCUGCUGUGGCAGCUGCGGCCCAGCGACGUGGAGGUGGAGCUGCUGGCCCACACCAGGAAGGUGGUGAGCCAAGACCUGGAGGAGGAGACGGGGCUCCACACGGGCUGGAUCCAGAACGGAGGACUGUUCAUCGCCUCCAACAAGCAGAGGCUGGACGAGUACAAGCGGCUGAUGUCGCUGGGCAAAGUCUACGGCAUCGAGUCCCACGUGCUGUCUCCCGCCCAGACCAAAGACCUCUACCCUCUGAUGAACGUUGACGACCUCUACGGGACCCUGUACGUGCCCAAAGAUGGCACUAUGGACCCGGCGGGCACCUGUACCACCCUGAGUCGAGCGGCUUCUGCCAGGGGGGCCACGGUGAUAGAGAACUGCCCUGUGACCGGCAUUCAAGUGCGGGCGGACCACAUGGGGGUGAAGAGGGUCAAGGCAGUGGAGACCCCGCAUGGCACCAUAGAGACCCCCUGUGUGGUCAACUGUGCAGGUGUGUGGGCCACCAAGCUGGGGGACAUGGCCGGCGUGAAGGUGCCCCUGGUCGCCAUGCACCACGCCUACGUGGUCACCGAGAGAAUCCAAGGCAUUCAGGUCAGACCCCGUGACUCCUGUCUUUCAGGACAAGCACAUGCUUUCAAGUAUCGAGAGAGUGGAUAGACAAGCUCCUCCUGU